AUGUCGUCGAGGUAUCCUCCUCCCGCCAGAGAUCGCUCGCCGUCUCGAUAUGAUCGCAGACCUUCCGCCCCUUACAAUUCUCUAGGUUCUUCCUACAGGGGUCAGGCUGACAUCGCCCCGCCCUCGUCGGAUCGACCUCCUCCCCGCGGACCCAAGGCUGAUUCUCGAGGCGGCGCCAGCUUACCCUAUUCUUUUGCCUCCCGUGGGCGCGGCGGGUUCCCUGCUCGCAGUGCUGAUACCUGGGAUCGCGAUCGGGAGCGAGACCGUGACCGUGAUCGAGAUGGCCGCCCAGGCGCACCGUCAUACCGGGGCCGGGAUGACGACCGCGUGGAUUGGCCCAGGCGUGACCGUGAUUUCGGCCCUGGCGACCGUGGCGUAAGUUCUGUGAGGGAGGGCCGACCAUAUACCGGCAGAGAUCGGUCCGCUUCCCCCAGUCGCGCGCGAAGAGACUCGCGCGAGUCUGUCCCCACCGGUUUUCCGCGGCCGCCUGAUUCGGCGUCUUCAUACUACACUCCAGCAGCGCGAGGCGGCCUAGGACGUGGAAGGGGGCGAGGCGACUGGGAUAGAGGCAGAGGAAGAAGUUCUCUUGUCGGAGAGCGAGAUCGUGAUUUAUUUCAUCCUCGUAGUCGGUCAAGAGAUGGUUGGCGGGAUCGUGACUUCGAGCGGGGCCGUCCACUGCCCUCAGAUGCCGAACGUUCGGACCGCUAUGAUUGGCGAGAGCAUGACCGCAGCCGGGAGCGUGAUUCGAGAGGACGGGAUCACGAUCUAUGGCCUAGGGAACAAUCCCCCGGCAAGAGCUCCGUGGGCACGGCAGGUGGGAUAACCACUACCCCAGCCGCAGCUACGGCUGAUCGGCCUGGGAGAUCUGCCAUGGACAUCAUUCGAAGACUAUCGACUGCCCCGAUUUCUGCAAGUUCUGUUCGCGAUGGACGACGUGAUGAGGAGCAAGCAGACUAUUUUGGAGGCCCCCGAACAGACUUGUCUCGGCGUGAAGCUUCUCAGAGUACACAACAGCCUUCUGCUAUUACUGCCCUCGACUAUGGUCCUCCGCCGCCUGUGCCCUCGGUCACUACACCUGCGACCGAGACGUCCGCUCCCCCUAAGUCUCAGGUUCUCAAGGCUGACUCAACGACAAACUUAUCAUCUACUUUCCAACCACCUAGCGGGCCAAAGGCGGCAAGGACGUCUAGCGCAGCAACACCAGGCCAUAAUAUCAAGGCUGCGCCGCAUCACGACUCUUGGAAUCGCCCAGAUGGUGCUUCACGCCCUCUGCGAUCGAGCCUCACUCCUACUGCUAGCAAUAUCUCCAGUGAUACCACUAUCAAGAAAGAUGAGCCAGUCGCCGAGCCGAAACCACCUACAGCUCCGGCCGCAAACCGGGCUAUGCCACCAAAUGUCCCCUCGGGUCCUCGAUUGGCCACGGCUCCGCCUUAUAGACAAAGACUGCCUUCUACGGAACCAAUAGGUUCUGCCCUUGCCCCUACUGUCUCGAGAGAAUCUGCCAAAUCCACCGUACCAGAUACCAGAUCUCCUGUGAUUCCAACAGGACCUCGUCUGGAUAGGGAAGCGGCCAGACAGUUACCGGGAACAGGCUCAAAAAUAUGGGUUUCUCCUGACUACAAGCCAAAGCCAUCGGUGAUCAACCCCUCGAACAAGCCGUAUCAAUUAGAAGGGCGCGACAGGACAGGUGCUAUCCCCACAGGGCCAAGACAACAAAGUACAUUCCACAAUGCCGAAGACAAGGCGAAGGCAGUGUCGGGUUCGUUCAAUUCUGUUCCCUCGGUACCAUCAGGAUCCAGAGCCCUCGUGUCAACGAGUCCUCAUAUCCAGGGAGAAAAGAUUACUUUGUACCAUCCCAAAGAGUCUACUGAUCAGCAGCAGCAGUCAACCGACGUGGAAAUGCCGCUCCCUGCUUCAAGCGAGGACGAAGAUGAGGCAGAAGACGAUUCGUUCGACGAGGAGUACUUUAAAGAAUCUGAAGAACGAUUCCGACGGGAAAUGACUCUGCUUGAGGCUCGAAUGCCGCCGCCUCUACUACAAGACGAGUCUAUCGUGGCUCUCCUCAUUAGGCUGCAGUUCCUUGAGAUGCUUUUGAAAGAGACUCUGGCACGACCGCCUGACACGUCCGCGGUUACCACCAAAGAAGAAGAGAUCUCGGUGCCUGUUGGGGUCUCAACUGGCCUUCCGUCGCCAGACCGUGCCUCAAAUGAGAGCGAUACCCGACUGGAAAAUGACGAAGAUCAGCGGCCUUAUCCUAAAGGCAGACCCCUCAAGCAGCCCCAUAUCAACCCUAUACCGACCCCGCCAAUCGAAGAUCUACCGUACCUUAAAGUGGGACCGCCUGGAAGAAUCGUAUUUGAAGAUUCCGACAAUGAGGUUGAGCAUGAAGCUGUCUCGAUUCUUCUUCAACAAGAGUUUGAACGAAGCGCUUGGGACUGGAGGAGUGAUCUUGAAGAUAUGCAUGCUGAGUUUCGACGAAAGUACCCUUUGUGGAAGCAGGAAGUUGUCCACCUUGACCAUGAGAGACGUGACCAGCAGGCCAGCCCGGCUCCAGCGUCCCCAGCACCGUCUGUUACAGCUUCAGUCACCCCUUCGUUAACCCAUGAACGCACCCGAGGAGCCAGGAAUACUACAGAGGCGGAUCUGCAGGCUGCCAUCCUGAUGUCCCAGCAGUCUUUGAAAGAAGAGGAGGAGAGAAGAGAGCGAGAAGCUGCUUCCAGCUCUCACCCGAAUUACGAUUUGGAGGCCGUGAUCCCUCCAAUGUUGAAUCCUGCCGACGCAGAGCUAUCUAAAUUUGAGGAGACAAAUGGACUGACACCGACAGAACUUGCAUUGGAUGUUUUCUGCUAUCUUCCUCCGGAGGACGACUUUACCGAAGAAGAGCAGACUCUCUUCAUCGCAGCGUAUUGCCAGUACCCGAAGAAAUGGGGCAAGAUCGCUGAGUCUAUCCCUGGGCGGACGUAUCAGGAUUGCAUCCUUCAUUACUAUUUGACUAAGAACCAAGCGCACUACAAGGACCUCUGGAGACGAUCUCAACCCAGGAAAAAGCGCGGUAGGGCCGCGACCAAACCUCGGUCCACAGCUCUCAUGUCGGAAUUGGACUAUCGCAACGAUCCAGAUGCAGCACCUGUUGCCGUCACGGAUAGUGGAAGGCCGCGACGAGCAGCGGCUCCCACGUUCGGAGACGCGGCCAGCGAAGCUGACUCCUCAACCCCUGUCCCACAAUCAAAGAAGCCCGCCGCCUCCGUAAAGGAUGGGAGCGCAGAGCCGGUGUCGGCAAAGACCACCCGCGGGCGCAAAGCUGGAAUUGCCACCAGGAACCGCCGGACGAAAGCCCAGAUCCAGGCCGACCAGCAGGCUCAGCUUCUCAGUGCCACUGAAGCUCCUGCAGGAAAGACUGCGGCUAGUACGAAGGGAGAGAAAACCCGCCCUGUUCUGCAUGCGGAAAAUGUCCCCAUCAGACAAGAGGUGGCGCCUAUUCCACAGGUACAGCGCGCGGCCGAUGUUCUGGUGCAACAAUACCCUGUCUCCGACAUAUCAUCCGUGCCUGCUGCGGUCCUCCAGAAUCCCGUGAUGUCGCAGGUGACAAGCUAUUGGUCGGUUCCUGAGCAGCAUAAGUUCCCCGAGCUUCUAGCAUAUUUUGGACAUGACUACGCAGCGAUAGCGGAGUUCAUGAAGACAAAAAGCGUGACAAUGAUCAAAAAUUACUUUCUUCGACAGUUGAACGACGGCAAAGAAGAACUCGAGAGACUCGCGCAGAAGGGCGAUCAGAUGAGGAUGGCUAGCGACGUCUUGGGGCAACCACCGAGUCCUAUCAUUCCUCCCAAACGUCGAUAUGAUGCAACGUCCACACUGGGACCAGCCGCUCGUCCUACGACACAAAUCGAUCAGACCAUGGCCGACCCUGAGGUUGUGGUGUCGGCCAUCAAGCAAGGCAUCAUUGAGGACUUUCCCCGCAACACUGUGGAAAGGAAUGCCAUUGGUGAAGUAGUCUCGAAGCCUCGCCCAGUCGCCCGAGAGGUCAUUCCUGCCAUUACUGAAGCGCCCUUGCCGGGAGCGGCUCUGGCCAAGGCAGAAGAGACCCCGAGAUUGUCAAAUGACCGCGGCUCCUUAUAUGGACCGAAGCCAUUGCAUGGCCCGAGAUCUGGAGUCUUUCAAGAUGAGCAUCUCGGCUUUCCCCCUUCGCGCCAACCACUUCGAGGGCCGCCACACGAGCUUCCGUCCCAGAUACACGCUCAGCGUCCUCAAGAUCUCCCUCGAACAGAAUCAAGCCAGCCAGCUCCUAUGUCGGCAGUUACGCACACCAUCCUCGGACAGCGGGAUCCUGUAGUCCAACCACACCAGAGACCUCAAGGUUCUGGAGCCACGUUAGUCCAAGUCCCGCAAUCUCAAGGCGAUAACUAUGACCAGCAACCUAUGUAUCGACCCAGCCAUAGCCGCACCAAUAGUGCAGCUACUCCGAGCCACGUCCCUCUGGACCCGGCCCAAGAUCUACUACCCUCGCGGCGUCGCAUUGAGAACCAGCGCAUCUUGUAUGGAAUGGGACCAACUGUUUCCCCUGCCCCAGCGUCAACGCCGAUACCUGCGUCUCAACCCCUUAGGGUCGACAUGCCACAGCCUGCUUCCGCGCCGCCCCCGGCUGAGCCUUCCAAACCUACUGGCAAGCGUUCCAAUGUGUUUGGCCUGCUCAAUGAUGACCCACUAGACCCGCCACCAAAACGACCCUCGCUUGAUGCAGCGACACGACAGUCUAUGCGUUCACCACAGAUUGCCCCUGUUCCUGCCGCUCAACCCCUUUUGCAGCCCUCUAGAAGCCAGACAGUCCCUGACGACUUGUCGGUAAAUAGAGCAGUCAGAACGCCAUACGGACAUGGCGGUAUUGCUCAGACUGCUUCUGGUCAGCAGGCGCCCGCCGAGUACCCAGGCGGAUUUUCCGCGACCCCGGUGUGCCCACUGAACAACGAAGUCACCACCAGUCGCCCGGCCCAGGCCAUUAUUCUUUGGUACCUCCGAGAAAUGAACCCCCCAUGGUAUCGGUACGUCCAGACGCUCCUAGAGGUCUGGAACGAACAGCACUUGAUCAUCGACGGUCGCUCAUGGGGCAGAUCAAUCAAAUACCACAUGCACCUUCGCCUCCGCCUCAACAAGCUGCCCAGCCGGCACAGCAGUAUCGAUCAACGUCUGGCUCAUCGCAGCAUUCUCGAGUUGCAUCCGUUGGAUAUUCAACUGCCCCAACAGCCAGCCCGACCAUGUCGCUCGGUCUUCAGCAGUUGGCACCAACCCACCCACAAUCAGCAAGCUCUACUCCGGGGCCGGGCCUUCCCCAACGAGGGCCGUCUCUCGACUACCAGCCUCGCCUCACGAUUCAACAACACAUGGCUCAACAGAACCAACAAAAACAAGAUCAGCAGCGAGAGCAUGAAAGGCGGCUUAAGAGAGCCCGAGAACUUGAAAUGGCACAGCGUGACCGAGACCGUGAGCGCGAGCAACAGCAUCAGCAUCAUCAUCAUCAACAGCAGCAGCAGCAGCAGCAGCAUCACUCGAGGCGAGACAUUUACGUCAUUGACCAGCAUCCUUCACCAGUGGUGUCUCGGCAGAAUCACCUGGGUACAGCGGCUAAUCAGAGUCAUAUGGCGUUCGCUCAGCGCGAGAUCCCUCGGACCUUCACGCCGCCUCACAUGCACAGUCACAAUCACAAUCAAUAUCCAGGCCAGGGUGCAGGGAGCCUGGGGGUCCCCCAACAUCAGCCCCAACACCAACACCAACACCAACACCAGCACCAGCACCAGCAUCAGCAUCAGCACCAGCACCCGCACCCGCACCCGCACCAGCACCAGCACCAGCACCAGCACCAGCCUCAGCCUCAGUAUCAGGUUCAGGCUACGGCGGCUCCUCCUCCGCCCCAUCCGCCCCAGAGCACAACACAGCAACCACACCACCAGCUGCAUCAUGUUCACCAUCCACAGCAGCCGCAUGUUCUACAUCCCGGAGCCGCAAGGCAUUUCCGCACCCUGA